CUGUGCUCAAGGUUGGUGCUGAUAUGGUGCCGCUGUGCAACCUUGGUUCAAGUGAAUCAUGUUCGGGUGUAGCAUCUAUGACUGUGCCAGUGUACAUCGCAGAAGUUGCUCCACCGCACCUAAGAGGCAGAUUAGUAACCAUUAACACUCUGUUCAUCACUGGAGGGCAGUUUUUUGCAAGCGUUGUUGAUGGAAUCUUCAGCUACCUCGCAAAGGAUGGAUGGAGGUACAUGCUGGGCCUGUCAGCUGUUCCAGCAGUAAUACAGUUUCUUGGAUUCUUAUUUCUUCCUGAAAGUCCCCGCUGGCUCAUUCAGAAAGGCCAAACUCAGAGAGCACGGAGAAUUCUGUCUCAAAUGCGUGGCAACCAGGCAAUCGAUGAGGAGUAUGACAGUAUCAAAAACAACAUUGAAGAAGAAGAAAAGGAAGUUGGAGCAGCUGGACCUGUGAUCUGCAGAAUGCUAACAUACCCUCCAACUCGAAGAGCCUUAAUUGUGGGUUGUGGUCUGCAGAUGUUUCAACAACUGUCAGGGAUUAACACCGUCAUGUACUACAGUGCUACCAUUUUGCAGAUGUCAGGUGUUGAAGACGACAGGCUUGCAAUCUGGCUGGCUGCACUGACAGCAUUUAUAAACUUCAUUUUUACUCUUGUGGGAGUCUGGCUUGUUGAAAGAAUGGGUCGCCGGAAACUUACACUUGGUAGCUUAACAGGUACUGCUGUAGCACUCAUUAUCCUAGCUUCGGGAUUUUUGCUAUCAGCUCAGGUCUCGCCAAGAAUCACACUUAAUCCACCAGAUCCUUCACAUCAAAACUCUACCUGCACAAAAUACAGUUACUGUAAUGGAUGUAUGUUAGAUCCAGACUGUGGACUCUGCUAUAAAUUGAAUAAAUCAAGUGUUGUUGAGUCCUCAUGCAUUCCUGUUGAUAAGGAUUCUACAAUGAAAGCAGCUUGGGGCAGGUGUUCAAAUGAAACAGUAUUCAGAAAGGAAGAUUUGUUUUGGGCAUACAAUUUCUGCCCCACUCCAUACUCUUGGACAGCACUUCUGGGCCUUAUUUUGUACUUGAUUUUCUUUGCUCCUGGGAUGGGUCCUAUGCCCUGGACUGUCAAUUCUGAAAUUUACCCACUUUGGGCUAGAAGUACUGGAAACGCAUGUUCCUCUGGAGUCAACUGGGUUUUCAAUGUGCUUGUGUCACUGACAUUUCUGCAUACGGCCGAAUAUCUGACGUACUAUGGAGCUUUCUUCCUCUAUGCAGGGUUUGCUGCCUUGGGACUGGUUUUCAUCUACGGCUGCCUCCCUGAGACUAAAGGGAAAAAACUAGAGGAAAUUGAAUCUUUGUUUGAAAACAGGCUAUGUACAUGUGGUAUGUCAGAUUCUGAUGAAGGGCGGUAUAUUGAGUAUAUUCGGGUGAAGGGAAGUAAUUACCAUCUUUCUGACAAUGAUGCUUCUGAUGUGGAAUAAUUUUCAGCUGCUGAUGUAUUUAAUCAUUUAAAAGCCUUCUGGGGGAAAAGCAGCUCUCUGAUGACCUCACUGCCCUGCUUCUGGUCUGGUUCUCCUUUCUACUGUCUAGUUAAAAAUGCAUUCAUGUUCAAAAAUGCUCCAUUUUGGAGGAAAUUCAAUAUGCUAGUGUUUUCUUGAUAACUGAAAGCAAUGGCUUCCAAAAGGGAUGGAAUUCCACAAUUAUGUGAAUUCACCAAGUGUGCACGACAUCACACCAUCCCGAGAAUUUAGUAGGGUGCACUGUACCAGAUGAAUACAGAAGGCUAUCCUAGACCGUCAGGGGUUGUCCUUAUCUUCAAUGCUGAUAAAAGGGAAAAUAAUAGAGUAGCUAGUCAGAAAGCAGCCGACAUCUGUUGGAUCCCCAUCCCAUAGUAGCCUAGGAGAUAGCUCUGCUGUGCAAUACAACCAAUGACAAAUGCAUAAGCUACUGCAACAGUAACCAUUUAAAAGAUUUAACUGAUAGGAAAAUACAAAUAUCUGCCAUAUCUAUUAGAGGGAACAUUUCCCAAAUUUAUCCUAAGAGAAUUUCCAUUUUUAUUUAUUUGACAUAACAAGUAGAGAGCCAUACUCACCUGGGUGAAUGUUCACUAGGGUGGCAUACGUCUGUGUUACACCAGGUUAUCUAGCCACUGCUGCUCUUGAGUACACACUACAGUCAGGAGUUAGUGUUUGUGAGAGAAACUGCCACAAUUAACUACCUGACAGUAGGAAAACGGAACUAAGUAUGUGGCCACACGUACAAAUGAACUGGUAUAUAUUUCUAAGUACAGUGUAGAGGCUUCAGUUAGUUCAGAAAAAAAUAUUUUUCUUUUCCCUUUUCACAUUUGAACGUUUGAGUUCAUGCUGUGUCCAGUUUUGAACACAAAAUAUCAUUAGCUAAAAGAAAGGAAAGGCGGGGAGCGCUUUCUUGCUGCUAAAUGCACAGUGGUGAUCUGUCCUGCGCCUUCUGCAAUCAUAUUGCCUUCAGCACAUUUCUCCUUCAAAUGCCCUUAGUCAGAGUGUCUUGCUGUAUCUAAAGAGAAGUAGUAGCAAUGGGCAGAAAUCUGCAUCUCAUAUUAAUUGCCAUACUGAAGCAUUUCAAAAUUGUCAAGAAAAUGUCAGGCACAAGAAUAAAUUUGGCUGCCUUUAGCAUGGUAAUGAAAAUAUGAAUGGGAUUUUAUUCACCUGCCAUGAUUGCUUCCCUUGGCAAAUUGAAUUUUAUGCAGCUACGUAAAAAUAUUAUGUUAUUUUUUUUCCUUGCCCUGUUCUCACUGCUUUAAGUCUUCAGAGAUACGAGUUUGAAAGCGUCAACAAUUCAAAUUCUUAUCUUUGAAACAUUUGCUUCAUGAAAGAAUGUGCAAAACCUCCUCUGCCUGUGGGCUGCCCCUCAUUUAUGUGAUAAAAGUACAUUUAUUUUUCAUUGUGUAAAGAUUAAAGAAAGUUGUUGGGUUCAGUAGCUUUUAAAGAUUUGCUUUGUGGGCUUUUCUUGGGUUGAAAAAUACUUUGAAUGUAGGAUUACUCUCAGAAUUGAGACUGGACGUUUGUUACUAAAUUAUUUUUAUUGGAUGACGUGGGGUUUUGUUGUUGUCAGUCUGACAUGUUAUCUGACCUUCUGUGGGGGAAGUUCUUACUCUCCAAUUAUUCACCUUCAGCUAUUGGGUGUAUUUUGCAUUAUUUUCUCUUUUACUUCAUUAAUCAAAGAAAUAUUUUUCGAAAGAAAACAUUUUAAAGCAUCCUUCUGUGACUUGACUGGGACUAAAAGGGUAAAGCAUAGCGGACAGAGGUAAUUUCAAACGAAUCAUUGCAAAGAGUGGCUUGACCUUGAACAUCAUCUUGUGCAGGGAGAGGGAUGGAUUCUCAUGCCUUACAUCUUGCCUCCCCUUUAAGCACAUAAUAUUUUUAUGCUUGAAAGAACCUGCUGUUGAAAAUGCUCAGGUCUCCAGACAUAUCUGCAAAUGCACUCGCCAAGGGAUGUCCCCAUUAGGCUGUUACCUCUUUGAAACCUUCAUCAAAGGUGCAGUACCUGAAAUGAGAAAAGGGAUACUUGGCACAGACGAGAACAAAAUAGUUUUUGGGGUUUUGUUACUGAAACUGAAAAAUUUGUGUUUGAAGACUCUUCUUCAGAAUAAUUAUCCAGCACAGUGUGUGAAUAGGUGUGUAACAACCAACCUGUGCUUAUGUGGUUGAUAGGGUUAAGUGGGUAUUUACUGGCUUUUGAGAAUGAGGACUUAGGGUUCUGAUCCCCCCAGAAGCAUAAGCCCGCACUCACCAUGACACCUGUGAAUGUUCCCUUGCUUGUCCUGUUUUGCUGGAGCGGGGUGUAAGCCAGAGAGGGUGUCCCUGUGCUGGCAUGAUGUCAGUGCUGACCUCAGGCUUUAUGGCACAUGUAUCCACAGGUAGGGGAAACCACUGCAUCUAUUGGGUAUAACCAAAGCAAAGUCACUGGAAAGAUCGCUGUCACAAGAUCAGCCUCUUCUGUUUUGCAGGCAGCGCUUGGGCUUUUUAGCAGCAGAAGACCAUCCCUCUGCCAACCUUGUUUCACGGAUGUUCUCAAAAGUGGCACUCAGUUGUGUGCAGCACUGGGCUUGCUUUCUCACACAAGUUCAAUCUUAACUGAAAGCAGUUUUCUGAAGGUUUCCAUCCCAUGCUUUUUUCCUGAAGGCAAAAUGAUUCAAACACGUGCAUUUUAUUCAUCUUUGCUACUGGUUGUGAGGGUGCAAAAUAUAUUGGCUUCUUUAUUGUCACUCCCCCUUUCCCGCCUGCAGAGUUGGGUUUAAGCCUUCCUUUUAGGGUUGUUUUACACCAAAACAACAUUCCAUACCUUAGAAACACAGAACCUAGUACCAAGCAUCAUGUGUAAUUAAAAGGAGAUUGAAUACUUGAAAUUAAGCAAUUAGGGUUUUAUUUUUAGAAUCUGUGAACAUUUAUAGUGUAUGAAGAAAAUUAAAUAAAUGUUUCUAUUUUGCAAAGAUUUUUUAUAUUUGUGCAUAUUUUAAGUUUUAGGAGAUUUUUGCUAAAGGUAGACUUAGUAACAUUCCAGAUAAAAGAAUAAAAAUACGAUGUAGCUAAAUAAUUUCUUAUGACAGGAUUUUAAUUUAUCAAGUAGCAUAAAUAGUAUGUCUAAGCACAAUAUCGUUUUAUUGAAAGCUUUCUGCAGAAGAUGUGAAAUUGUUUCUUCACAAGGACUGCACACUUAAUUCAGGUAUUCUGUGCGUCAGGAAUGCUGGAGUAAUACUGCUGGUAGAGUUGGGCGUAUAGAUUAUACACAACAAUUGAGGUAUUUCAAUUCUGAUUAAUCUACCGACUCUACAUGUUGUGUUCUAACAGCAAGUAUUGAAGAAACAAGUCCUGAUGCAUUUUUAAUCUUUUUAAAUUUAAUUCAUAUUAAUUCACAUGUAGUAGUUUGUUAACCAUGUUUAAAUUCAAAAGUGUUGGGGGGGUGUCAGAUAUUUGCCAGUUGUUUCUUCCCCUUGUCACUUUGUUGAUCAAAAUCAUCUUUUAACAAGAGAAGGAAACCUGUUUUGAAAAUCAACACAGAAAUAAAGCAAGGCCCCAGGACUCUUUUGGAGGGCUGAAGUCGCGUUGCUGCGCAUGCAUCUUAGAUGGAUCGUGCUCAUAGACAUUGCUACCUUGUGAGUUGCAGUCACAGUCCUGUCAGAAGUUCUGGGACAAGAGAGGAUGUAUCCCAAGGAUCAUUGUUCCAAAGCAGACUUCUUUUUACUUGAAUUGGUAAAUGCAGUAUUUCACUGGUGUAGGAGUUAGGGUUGGGAGGGGAGAAGGAAGAAAUGAUGCAUCAAAAGCCCCACAGAGUCAUGUUUUAGUAGAGAUGGGUGUCACAGUCAAAAGGAGCUGACUCUGACUUGUCUCCCACAUGGGUGAAGGAUGGUGGGACCAAGGGACAAGUGCUCCUCUCCUGUGCCUACGCAGAGGUGAGAAUGUGGCAAUGGAGUUUGCAAAGCUAGUACUUUUUUCCUUGGUGAAAUCUCUUUUGCCCUUCUUAGUCACUCAAGUUGAACACUGGAGAGAAGUUUUUACUUUUGGGGGCUGCUACAGGCCCUGAGCAAGGGUCUUUCCUUUGGCCAUGAGAAUGUUGGGUACAGUCCCACAGACAUGCAGUGGGCUAAUAAAAGAUAGACCCUGUACUUGUUAGCUUUAUACCCAGCUUUCUACCCUCAAUGUCAACACUCUUCUAACACGGUCUUCUUGAAAGUUUACUUGUACUUGCCUAAGAGGCUUUGUUAGUGGAACAUUGCUACGCAAGAAAGAGGCAGUGUCUUAACAGAAUAGAGGGAUCUCGGGGUAGAAAUCAGUUCUGCAAAGCACUUUAAAGAGUAAGGUAUUUGUGCACUUUUUUCUGAGAGAGUCAAGCUAACCAAACCCAUUCCUCUGCAUUGGGAAGAAAAUUGCGCUUUGUGUACCAGGCCAGAAGCAGAUAAUGCCACAAUAUGUGCUUUAUGGCAAAAUGUGUUUUUAUUGCGGGUAACAUUUACAGCUUACAUGUAGCUGCUGCCUAUAAAGUGACUCAAUCAUUCUCUGGAUUUUAACAAGUCACAUUUUUGUGCAAAAAUCUUAUCUUAGUGGUUUUCUAUCGAUCUUCAUCGCCUUGUGUACAGUACAAUUAAGCAUAAUCCACAAAGUGGUCUAGGUUGUGGCAGUGUUACAAAUGUCAGCACAGUAAAAUCUAGGUGAACAUUGUUAAAGAAAUAUUGUUGUUUGUGAUACUGGGGGUUAAAACUCCUUAAAGGCAACUACAUAUAGAUUUUAAAAGUCUGAAAAAAAUGGCAGUUCUUAUCUAUUUUGUGUAUGUUUUCAUAUAGAGAAGGAGUUUUUUAUGUGCCAAUAACCAUCACUGUAGUGUUUUGUAAAUGGGUGUUAAUAGUGUUCCAGAGUUCUGUAUAUGAGAAUAGACUUUAGCCACAAUGACCUGUUAGUGUGAACCAGCAGCAUGUUUUUAAUCUUACUCACACCUCUCAUCGGAGGUGCACACUCAUUGGCUUCAGUAGAGCUCACUCAUGACAGGGGAAGUUUGACCAGCAUCAGGCCUCAAGAAUACAGAUUCCAUCUAAAUCCCCUCCUUUUCACAUGGUCCCCGGACAGUAGGUUACAUGUGGAUGAUCUGGCACGUAUAAUUAUAUAGCUUCAACUCCAGUUCAGUUACAUUCCUCAAUUCUGUUGAGAUAGUUUGUCAAAAUUUGGUUUGGCCAUCCAUCACAUUUAUCUAAAUAAGGGGCACACAUUAAUUAUGAAUAUUGUCCUCCUAUUUCUGAAGGAAACAUCAGUUUCUGAAGUGUUACAAUAAAGGCAAUUUUCUCUUGCUGCCUUAAACAUUACACAGACUUUGGAGAGGACCGAAUGUAUGGCCAUCAUCAUCACUUCUGCAGCAGAAACUUCAUGGAUCCUCAGCAGGUGUGAAACGCGAUGGUUUUGUGGUGCUGGGAUGCUGCAUUAAGCUGCAGGCCCUGCCUAGCGCGCGCCUGCCAUCUGUUCAGUUUUAGGUGUUAGAGCAGUCCCCAUGAAAUGAAUAGGAUUUUUCAUAUGCUUGAUAUUCUCCUUGUGCUCAGUGUCCUGCUGGUCCAGGGCAUGGCUGGGAAGUGGCACGAGUCAGAUCUCUGCUUUCCAUCAUGAAUCUCAUACCCCUACAAAACUGUUAAGCCGAUCUUUCUGUGACAAAUUCUAUGUAGAAUAUUUGAGACUUCAUUGGAGACCAAAUUGAUAGUAAUAAUUCCACAGUGAAUAAUAACAUGCAUGUGGUGCCAUCACACAUACUGUAAUCCCUGGGCACGUGUUACGGUAUUCAGUACAAAACAGGUUUUGGCAAAACUAAUUGUUCGGUUGUCCAAGUUAUUUCUUAACCAUGUCAAACAUGUGCCAUUUCUUUUUGCAACCAGUCAAGCCUAUAAUGUAUGGAAGUGUUGUACAUUUUCUGAAACUAAAGUGAUGUAAAAUUAUUUAAUUGACUUCUGUUCUGAUUGCUUUAAUGAAGUUUGGUCUUUACAUAAAAAUAAAUAUCUUCAAAGAAUUGUCAGUGCCAGAAGUGUAAAUGAACAAAAUAAAAG